CAGUAGAGAAUCGGACAGAGCAACCGGCACGCGCGGCGUCCAUGAAAUACAGUUCCCAACUGUCAUUCGUUUUUUUAAAUCGACGGUCGUCAAAAAGAGUUCGUUCAUCUCCUUUUUAUGCCUUGCUGCUUUUGACGGACUGUGAUUCAUUGGUAAGUAAGAAAGAGUUGAUGGACACCCUCUCAAUUGUUUCAUGACUGGACAUCAGAUUACAGUAUGAGUGUUUGUUAGGAUAUUUUGGAUAUCUGACGGAACCUUAGAAGUUUGGUUGUGGACAUCAAAGCCAAUUUUGGAUCUCGGAGUCGUUUUCUGCACCAGCAGUGAAGUACGGCGCAACUUAUGCACUUUUGUCCAGUGCUAGAUUGAAUUAUUGGACGGCGGUGGAUAUUCAUGUUCUACACAGGAGUAGAAUUAAAACUCCAAGUUCUCCAUAGAAAUGCUAAUGCUGUGGUUUAUGGAGAAACAUUUCUAAAAAAAAAAAAAAAAAAAAUCACCCGCAGUGGACCCGGCGCCCCUCAUCAGUCUGUGUGCACUUAAAAACAUUUGACUUUACUCACCCCAUCCACAGUCAUAAUACUGUUUGAAAUUCAUCCCCAAUCACAUACAUACUUUGACCAUAUGACUUUGCCUUUCUCCUUAACUUACAUCUCAAUCUGACACUUACUUGGGACUUUCAAGUAGAGGUCAUCGCCUCCCUUGAUGGAACAAAGGGGUUUGAUGUUUCUGAAUCUGCUUUCUUUCUCAAACAUUCAUAGAUUUCUGGUCUGAUUUUACGGAGUCUUUCAGAUGUGGAUGUUGCGGUCACGCCAUCUCCUCAAGCUCUGAGGGAACUAGUGAAGUUCAGCCCUGCUGUCCCUCCACCACUCUUUUGUCUCUAUUAGGUCCCAUUCAUUUGUCUUGUUGGAGUACCAUGGGAGUCCAGACAAGGAGUGCCUGGGUGGCCAUGGCUUUCUCGGAUUGGGUCAGUGGAUUGGGAUUUCUCAUAAUCUUCCUGAUGGAAAGUUUAGCAGUGGAUGCGAGCAACAUGGAGCCAGUCUUCUGGAAUUCUUUAAACAGGAGGUUUGGAGAUGAGAGGGGGUAUAUCCUGUACCCUCAAAUCGGGGACCGUUUGGAUCUGGUGUGUCCCGCCACAAGUCCCCCGGGGCCAAACUCCCCUCAAGAGUACGAGUAUUAUAAACUGUACCUGGUGUCCUCACGAGAGCAGGCCGACAAGUGUGAGGUAAUGGGCGCCCCAAACCUGUUGCUCACCUGCGACAAACCCAACAGCGAUAUGAGGUUUACCAUCAAGUUUCAGGAGUAUUCACCCAACCUGUGGGGUCAUGAGUUCAAGAACUUACAAGACUACUACAUAAUAGCUACCUCUGAUGGUACAAAAGAGGGGAUUGACAGCAUGAGAGGAGGUGUCUGUGUGACACGAGGGAUGAAGCUGGUCCUCAAAGUGGGACAGACUGCAUAUGGCCUUCCCCCAAAGCCCAAACCUGAUUCUGGCCGGCCUAACACCAGAACCCCAGAUCUGGACAAAGAUGGCGGCUCUAAAGGGGGUGAUGAGAGGGGUGACAGCGGUGCCGUGUCCGUCUCAAACAUCGCUCUGAUCGCCAGCGGGGCUGGUGGAGCCUCCUUCCUUCUCCUGAUUGCGGUAGUGAUCGGUGUGGUGUGUUACCGCAGACGGAAAUCCAAGCACUCUGAGACCCAUCAUCCUGCCCUUUCCCUCUCUUCUCUUACCCCAAAGAGAGGCAGCUCUUGUGGGGCAGGGACUGGGUCUGGCGGGGGCAACAAUAAUGGCUCAGAGCCCAGUGACAUCAUCAUCCCCCUGCGGACCUCUGAUACAGCAUACUGCCCACACUAUGAGAAAGUUAGUGGCGAUUACGGACACCAAGUCUACAUUGUGCAGGAAAUGCCUCCCCAGAGCCCUGCCAAUAUUUAUUAUAAAGUAUGAGGAGACAUCAAAUCGUCCGAAAGCACACAACCCGUUCUGACUUAAUGUUCAAGUCCCCUCACACACAUUCGCUGUGUGAUAGUGUGUGUCCAAGUGACUCUAUAUUUAGAGCUUUGAUCUUAUAACACACACCGUUAAUAGAAACUGGACUUGAAGUUAAGCAUGUGGACUGUUUCACUAUGUUACCGGCUGGAAGCGGUAGAAAUCUAGGGUUUAUAUUAUUGCAGCGUAUUUGCGUUCGUUUACACGUGUGUAUUUGUGGGUGUGUAAAGGUUAUACAUGCGUGCUCAGGUGCAAACAGGGUCCAAAAUUAACACUCGCCAAGCACCAAAUGAGUAAAAAAAAGUUACUCUCCAAUGGCCGGCAAAUAACUUGACUUUAUAAGGAAUUGCUGUAAUACAUCGUUUAAUUCGAAUUAUAAGAUUGAUAGUCUGACCUUUACAGAUGAGAGCAAUGUGAGCAAUUGACAGUAAACAUCUGUCGUGACUCUCCAGUCUUCUAACAACUUUUACCUCAGUGGAAGUUUAAGGAAGUCUAUUCAAAAAAAUAGUUUCACAGAAAAAUGGAGACUAGUUCGAUUAUGUCACUAGGACACAAUGACAUGUGCGUUUGUCAUUAAUGUAAGAAAUAAACGGCUAAAUAAUCCCAUUUUCACGAGGACAAAAUAUACAGUUUAGGUAACUUUAAGAUAAAAUAUGGUUUAAUGGCAUAUAAGAAGCAUUUGUGGCUGGUAAGCUUUCUCAAAUCACUCACCAUUGGCAGGUGUUGCCAAAAGUAAAUUUUGGACCCUGGAUGCAAGUGAAUGUAUGUACUAAUGUGUUGAUAUGACCAUGCUAAUUGAUGGAAUAAGGUAGGUAAUGUGCUUUUCCUCAAAAUCCAAACACUAGAAAGCAAGACGAUUCAUACCUUUAGAAAAAAUGCUGUAUAAAUAAUAUAAAUGCUUCAUACACUUUCUGUAUUUGUUUUCUGAUUUCUUCUGAUUGUGAAUGUUUGUCUUUUUUGAGAGUUUCUGAACCCAGACCUCAGCCUGAUUUGAUGCACAAUAUCACUUUUCGUCCCCUACACUCCAUCGGCUUUCCAUCAUGGCUCCUCGGCUCCCAGUUUUUUGUCUUUUAGGUUUUUUUAAGCAUCUUUAUGUGAGGAGAAGGAAGUGCUUGUGGAGGAGGUGAAGACUGAUACUCAACUGUUUCAAAUGUGGAGACUUGUGAGAUUUCCAAUAGGUUGGAGGCGAAGUAAAAAGGUCAUGGCAAACCCAUCAAAACUGCGUAGGAGUUGUCCACUCAAGAUGAUUUGAAGCGUUCUCGCUUUUCCUGAGCUUUUGAAGUACUGUGUAUGCCAUGACGAACUGCUUACUGUAGACGCACAUUCCAAGACUUUUACACUUAAUGCACAUAAGCAUUACAGCAGUUUGUGUUUUUAUGUGUUAACCCCAACAGAUGGACACCAGGUGUGUGUUUGUAUGGAUUUCAAAGCAUUGUGAUUGUUGUUAAUCAGAAGGUCAAAGAAAGCAAGAUUAAGACUAAAAAGCAUCUAAAUUAAGUCAUUCAUGUCCAUGUCCUCUUAUCAGUUGCUAUGUUACAAUCUCGUCUUGUCGCCCAUUAUCACCAUCGGGCUAAUGUAUCCAUACCAUUUCUGAUAUUAUCUUCCCGUGCUAUCCAGAGGCUUCUGGUCCACAGUUCACCUGAGUUAUUUCACUUGACGAGACAUGACAUCAUCACCAAGACAUGACAAGAAACCGUGUCCUACUGGUCAGAGUGAUCUGAGCUUCCUGUUUCAAAUAGAACAGUUUUCUCUGUCCAUGUUGAUUUAAGGAUGUAAUCUUGCUGUCAUUACCACAAGCACAGGACAUGGCAGAAAUGGUGCUUUAUCGUUUUUAAGAUUUUUUUUCUCCUCUUCCUCUUCACAGUUUGCUACUUUCAGCAGUGUUGAUUUGUUAAUACAGUUUGGUCCAAAAGUCUGAGACCACUAGUGAAAAUGCCUUUUUUUGCAAUAUGUUUUAAUGUAAUACAAAUAUUUCAUUUAAAAUCACAUUGUUAGCAUAAUUUGAGGAAAAAAUCUCAUUUAAAAUUGUACAUUAAUUUUUGUACAGGUGUUAGAGCUGGCAUGGACUCAAUAAGUCCAAUUAUUUAAAUAUGCUUAACUUUGCCAAAUUUAAAAUUAGUCAAUUAAAUGGCAAAGCAAAUGCCGUUGCUUUGCCAUUUAUGUAACUAUUGUUUAAAAUCUUUUACGUUUUGUUUACUAAGUUUUAAAUGUUCAUCCACAUUAAGUUUAAUUAAAUACACAAUAUGCACACUAUUUAAAGACUCAGUUCAGUUUGAUGGAAAUUUAUCAUAGAUUUAAAAUGCGUGAGAAAUAUUUUUGAGUGAAAUCUUUUGUACAAAGCAGUUAUCAUGGUGAAUGUCACAAAGUUGCUUACAUUUGAUUAGUGAUCUAGAAAUACUUCAAAAUUACAACAAUUUCUAAAACGUCCUUAUUAUUUUGAGGUUUAAAUAAAAGAAUCAUAUUUUCAUAAUCAUAUGAUUUUAAAAAAUAAUCCCAUAUUUUCAGUUUGGUCUCAGACUUUUGGACCCCACUUUAUAUUGAGCAAAUGAGAGUUGUCUGAAUGAAGAAAACACUCUUGGUUUUAACCUGCCCUGGUCGUGGCUAGAUGGCAACCCUCAUUUUGCAAAUAUUUACAGUCGAUAUUCAUACACUUGCCAUUUGGAGUCCAAAAGAAAUGAGAAGAAGCAUUUGUUGCUCAUUACUAACCCUACCCUAAACCUGCGCGUGUGAAAAUGUUCACGAAAUGAGAGUUACCAUCUAACCAUAACGACUAUCCAUGUGGAGACCAAAGCAGAAGUGAUCUUUUGCCAUGCAAAAGAGAUUUAGUGAUUGCAAACUUCCUUCCCAUGUCUUGCCAUCAACCUCAAUAACGUGGCGACCACGGUAUUCCCAAACUGUUGCCCUCUGCAGACCUGGAGGCACCUUCUCUGAAGUCAAGAAGGGCAAAGAUCAGGACUAUUUAUGCUUUUUGUUGUUUUAGCUUCUCUCUAUCAAGGGAUAAUUUCUCGCUCACACCAGCAUUAUGCGAGAGACUACUGCCUAAAUCCUAAGAUGUAAAGCACUUCCUCAGCCAGGCAGUCCACGGGUUAGGCUUAGGAGCCUUUUGGCCCGAUUAGUGUUGACCUAAGCCACCGAAAGCAUUUCAAUACCUAUGGCUAAAAAUUCCAGUACUGACCACACAAGGACACCAAACAUUGUUUCAGCAUUUUUCAUCAGCUGGGGUGUUUUUUGGUUUAGUCAUUUUAAAACUGGGUUUUAGAUUUAUUUGGUUAUGUUAAAACAUUUUUGUCAACUAAUUUAAUAUCAUAAUUUGAGAUGCCUUGAAACUGAAGUGUGAUAAAGACUGUUGCAUUUCUAACUAACAUUCAACAGUAUUAUUUACAGACAGUGCUGAUUUCAUGGGGCAAGAGGAGCACUGCUAAAGCUUGACUUUUUCAGUGUUUUAAAAGUCCAGAUGGACUGGACGGGACUUGAAAAGAAUACUGAUGAAAUGUUCAGAUAAUGCUGGGAUGUUACAAACACUGAGGCAUUGUUAAAUAAAUGUUAAUACAGUAUGUUAAAGAUGUUGAGACAACACAUUGGGAAAAAGUUAUGUUUUGGUGCUCCUGUUCUUUUACUGGUCCUCUCUCUCUCUCUCUCUCUCUCUCUCUCUCUCUCUCUCUCUCUCUCUCUCUCUCUCUCUCUCUCUCUUUUCUCUCUUUAUUUCUCUCUCUUUCCAGUCCUGACACUCAAUCAAAUAAAGAUUACAUUCCAUGCAGUAAAAUGCACUGACAAAA